AGAUGCAUCACUAUUUAUUCCUUGUCAUUACCAUCACCAAUCCUAUCACUGAAAUGGGUUGGUGUUUUCGUGUGAUUUCCCUAUUAUUAUUGUUGUUGGGAGCAGAAUCAAAGACUCAUUGGAGUGACACACAGUUUCUGAAGGAUUUCAAGAAUGGGAUUCACCCAAGUUCUGUGAACCCCGGUUCCUGCUUAAGUUCAUGGGACUUCACUCUCGACCCGUGCGAUAAUCUCUUCACUCAGAAAUUCACGUGCGGCUUCAGGUGCGACUCCAUCGACUCCGGCUUGAGCCGAGUCACCGAACUCGCUCUCGACCAGGCCAGUUACUCCGGUCCCCUCCCUCCAACUUGGAAUCUUCUUCCCUACCUCCAAACCCUCGAUCUCUCCAACAACUUCUUCUACGGCAACAUCCCCGGCUCCCUAUCCAACUUGACUCGCUUGCGCCGACUCGCCCUCUCUGCUAACUCCUUCUCCGGCGCCAUACCCUCCUCCAUUGGCUCACUCUCCACUCUCGAGGAGCUCUGUCUCGAUCACAACAACCUCACCGGAGCUAUCCCCGCCACCUUCAACGGCCUCAAGAACUUGAAGAGGCUGGAGCUUCAAUCCAACAAGCUCCAGGGUUGGGUUCCUCCAUACUUGGGUCCCCUGAACAACCUUAACUACCUGGACGCCAGCGACAAUUCCCUGAUCGGAGAAUUGCCAAUCUGGCUGCCGGCUUCCCUGGUUCAGAUUUCGAUGAGGAACAACAAGUUGAGCGGAGUACUAAAGCCAGAAGUGUUGAAAAACUUGAAGGACUUGCAGGUUUUGGAUUUGAGUUGGAACAAGCUGAGUGGGGCAGUUCCUUUUGCACUUUUCGAGCUACCAUCGCUGCAGCAAUUAACGCUGUCUUUCAACGAGUUUUCUUCCGUGGAAGGAAACUCCGCAGGAUUUGAGAAGAGCGGAUUGAUCGCGGUAGACAUAAGCAACAACAAGCUCAGGGGUAGUUUGCCAUGGUUCAUGGCGUGGAUGCCUCAGCUUUCGGCAUUGUCGCUGGAGAACAACAUGUUGAGUGGCAUGAUACCAAAGGAGUAUGCGAUGAAGGUGGUGUCCCCGCGAAAUGGGGAAUCAAGUUUUGGGAGGCUUCUGUUGGGUGGCAACUACUUGUACGGAGGGAUACCUCACCCUCUGUUGGGUCUUAAACCCGAUUCUGCAAAUGUCAGCCUUGCUAAUAACUGCUUCUAUAGGUGCCCUCGUACCUUCUUUUUCUGCCAAGGUGCUGCCCAGAAGCCCCCGCCACUGUGUCAUAAGUAAUCCAUCACUUCUGUUAAUUCAUUUUUUAUUUAAUUAUAAAUUCUCUUGUUCAAGUACUCUACUGUUGUAUGUUGAAUGUUGAUCACUAAUAACAAUUAUGAUGCAGUAGUCACGUUUAAUAUGCA